AUGAAUUCAGAUAAUUUCUGGAAGGAUGAACUUGCAGAGAAUGUGAAAAACGUUUUGGUAGAAAUCCAGACCUUCUGGAGGAAAAUCGGCUACGACUGCGAAACUCUUAAUGCAAGAAAAAGUGAAAUCCGGCGCACGGCCUCCUUAUUUUUGGAUGAGCUGUUAAGAAAUGAGCGCCAAGUCCUCGAUGAUCUGUCUUUGAACAUUGACGGCUUGCGGGUUUCCAUUUCUCUUUCUCGUUUCAUACCACAAUUUAGAAAGAGGUCCGUAACUUGGAAAAUGAUUUGCAAAUAAGCUCUGAUAAUUCCAGUCAGGAUAAGCCUCUUUUGGAACAACAGUCCGAACUUUCCAACCGAAAGGCCGUGCUUAUUGAAAAAGUGUCGGAGCUUACCGCGGAAUUUCGUGCGCUGCAACGUACUGAAACAGAGCUUUGCGAAUUUCUGGGCCUGGAUGUUUUGAGAGGUUUCCAAGCCAUACCAACUGCAUCUGAAAAGGCUGUUUUACAAACGCGCGUUGACGAGCUCGCGGGCAUAAAAGUAUCUUAUUUCAACCCUAAAUCACAUUUGAUAGAAACAUAGAGAAGAGGUCUAUUUAAGGAUUUCUAGCAAAAUUAAGUCAUAUGUCGAAUAUCUCGGUGUGGAUUGUCUCUCCGACCUCUCUGAGACCAUAAUGAAGUUUACGGUUCCUUUGGAGGAUUGCCGUCACCUGACUGAAGCUUUUAUUAAAGAGGCGGAGGACGCUGAGGAAAAUUGUUUUGAGCGUUACCAGACUUUCCAUCGUCGCGAAGAGGAAAUAUAUGACAAAAUAAGUAGCCUAAGAAGCCGUUUGGGCUUGUCGCCGUGCAAGAUUCCAGAAAGCCAGUCUUGCACAGCGGUUUCUCGCAUCGAAUUUGUACGUUCCGGCAAGUUUUUUUACUCCAUUUCCUUUUCUUCGACGUUCAUAUUCAUUAACUGAAUGAAACUUUCCGUACUUUAUCCGUUUCUGCAUUGCACUACCGUGCUAUUGCGACCUAGGUGUACUGUUACAUCUGAACUCUAUCUUCCUCUACCAAACCUGACUCCAUGUUAAGACUUUACCCUGUCAGCACCAGCCGCACUUGGCCGCACUUGGCCGAGGCAAAUAUGGUGUGGCCAAGUGCGGCUAUGCUGCGGCCAGGUGCGGCCAAAUGGUGUGGCUGUGGUCUGGCCAUCAACACAUUGGCCGCACUUGGCCGCACCUUGGAAAAAAUUUUGCGCGCGGGCUUUUUCUCGUUUUUUCCAUUUAUCGCGGCCUCGAUUUUUUGGCCGUAAACGCCAACCAUGACGAACGGUCGCCUAACGUAAAACCCCGAAACGAGUCACAGCGAACCCCCACGUCCCGAAGAUGGUAAAGUCGGAAUGCGGUAUUGUGGAAGGACGAUUUAUUGAGUACGUAAGUCAAAAAAUGUAAAUGUACAAAGUCCGUCUUGGAUCAGGGGGUUUCUGCGACCUUCGUAUCCAGAAUGAGAAGUCACUUCCACUGGCCAUUGGUAGUUCCUAUAGGUUACCCGUCACUUUGGUGACCGUUAGUUACAAUCAACCUGUAUUAAGCUCACGUCAAUACGAUGGUUGUUGCAAUUAUCUUGUAUCGCGUGUCACAUCUUUAAAUCCAGCACUCCCUAGCCUCUGACAUUGUGACCGAAUUACUGACAAUGGGAACUUGGUUGAAAUUUAGGGCGUCGCGUAUACUAUAACAGCUGUCUUCCUGGAGUGGCUAGCCUCGGCAACUUUUAUCUGUGUGGCUCGACACUCUGACGCCUCUUGGAGGUUAUUUUGGACGCAUUAACAGUCAUGUUGGAGUACGUGCCCACUUUAAUUCGACGGACAUGUCUGUUAAUAGAAUCUCAACAAUCUUUUAUUCGCUGAAGUAUCAACUUCUGUCAGGCGAACCUAAGCCACGGUAUUUUACAGACCUAUGAGUAAUUUAUUCUGUCUAUCCGACAUCAAUCACUGCACCCAGGAUUACUUAGGCCAAAGUCCACACUACCCGAACGGUGUCUAUUUCCAGACCUGUUUAUACUUAUUUCUGUUGUUGUUUCUCUCGACCGCUGUUAGUGUUUUUUUUCGCAGCGGUCUGUUUUGCACACAUGCGAUCACUCACACUUUUAGUUUCCUUAAAGCAACAAGUGUCCUUAAGGCACAAUUAAGUUUCCUUAAAGCCUACAAACUGUUGAAUUUCGGGGCCAUGCAUUCUUCCAUGUUGCAUUUAAUAGUAAUAUGGCAUCGUUCCAUAUCUAGUUUCAUGUCAACUUUUCUCAGAGGCCAAGCAUGCACGCAUUUUAUGCUUAAUGGCAAAUUUACUUUAUUUAUUCUUAGUAGCUCUAGAAUUAUCUUUAUUUUUUAACACAGGGUCUUGCUGAGUCUGAGCGCCUACAUGCAUUGCGUCUACAAAAUAUUCAAAAUAUAACUAGAAAAUGUCAGCUUGAGCUCGAGGAAAUAUGGUCCGCCUGUUUUGUCGGUCGAGAUUAUUGUGCCUCCUUUCGUUCCUCAUCCCCCCCUGACUGCUCGGAGGAAACGUUGUGCAGACUCGAAACAGAAGUACGUCUUCGCACCCGUUACUUUGUUCUUACUCGUUUACAAUCUAGAUUUCAAAGUGGAAAGCCUUCAGGUCCGCCCACGCGGAUUUUUUUGCGGCUUUAAACGUCUGGGUCGAUACCCUUGACAGAAUAAAGGAAAUUGAGGUUGUCGUCAAUGUGUGAUUUUACAUACAACAUACUUGGUAGAUCAAGAGACAGGAUCCAGAAAUUCGCAAAAAUCGAGGUGGAAUACUCCUGAAAUUAGACAAAGAAGACAAACGGUUGCGCCAACGGGAUCUUCCUCAACAAGUCGCAUUACUUCAGUCAAUAACAGAAUCUGCGUGUGCUGGGCCGGACUCUGCCCUCUUUGCUGUUGUGUGCGUCGAGGGCCAGCCGCUGGCAGAUCUUCAUUUAACCCUCGGAAACCUGAAGGAAAAUGACAGCAAGGCGGGCACUAAAGUUGAUAAGGGGUCAGUUUGCCCGCGCAGCUACGUUUUUGUCAGCUUUGCAGUUUUUAGACCUCCGGCCCCAUUUUGUAAAGAGGUCACUUUUUUGGUGGUGGAGAGUCCUACGCGAUAGUAAGACUGGCUGCUUUGGCCAAAAUUAGAUUUUGCAACCCCCAAUAUAUCCGUAAGGUAGAGGCCACGUUCGCAAGGUAGAUGAGUGGAGUCAUGCCCAACAUGUCUCAACAGUCAUCUAACUCUGUGGCACCAUGUAUGAUGGUCGGUUGUCAGAAUUUAACGUCCCUAUUUAAGUACUGAUGCCGCUAGCCCUCUAGUACCUUUUUACCAGUCCCAAAAGUCCGCCUGUAUAGAAGUUGACCUUCGAUGUGGGCUGUCCCAAUAUCCGCUACGCAUGGACGCACAGGGUAACCAACAACUAUUCUAACAGUCGGUUUCUGUCUUGCCUAAGUUUCUGCCUUAUGAAAAUUUCAUUUUGGCCCAGUUAUAAAAAACGGCGACUUCAGUGGGAUUCAAACCCACGACAGUGAGGGAAGGACUUUAGAACAGUCAACGGUCUAGCAACUCGAGUUACAGGGCCCCACCGAAAGCCGUGAGUUUAAUCACAUCUGGGUCAAGUUGCCCGCCCGGCCUACUACAACGUCUGGAAUCCACCAAUGUACUACGUGAUCCUAGUAAUCAUCUGGUGAAUUCUCGAUGGAUUACUUAGGAAAUCUUGCAUGGACAGUCAACUUAAUGUAUUAGCUUUGCUGGAUUCCAAAUGUUGCAGUAGGGCGGGUAACUUGACUAAAAUGUGGUUAAACUCACGUCUCUUCGUGAGGCCUCGUAAUUCAGGUUGCUGGAGGGUUGGCUGUACUAAAGCUUUCCCCUUACUGUCGUGGUUUUGAAUCCCACCGAAGUCUCCGAGUUUUUUACGGUUCAGCCAAGAUGAAUUAUUCAAAAUCUGCCAAAACACCUAUUUAUUACGAAAGUUUCUCAAUCGCAGAUCUUCGUUCUUGCUACCGUGUUCACGGGUGCUGACACAUUCGGACCCCUGCAUAUGGGCAUAUAAUAGGCAUGCAAGAUGCCUUCUUCGGAACGACUAAUCGCGUGUUGCGUUCUAGGACGUGAGAAGUCUUCUUGCGCGUGCAGCUCAGAGCUUUGCCAUGUUACACUGGUGCAGUACGACGUGAACGUCGCUUGAAUCUCUAAGGUGCGCUUACCAGACCAUGCUUUAAGUAAAAAAGUACCAGGAGCCGAGAUGAUUUCGCCUCUGCCACUGUUUUGUUAUUGUCGACCCCAGUGGAUGGCGUGUCACAAUAGCCCUGACUGAUCAGACAGAGUCUUCAUUCGUGAGUCGGGAAAAUGUGUAGCCAACGAUUGUACUUAUGAGUUUUCGCGGCGCUGUUGUCACUACAAUAGUUGCCGGUACAAACGAAAACGUGGUCCCCAGGAAAUAGUUGGAAGGAAGAAGCUCGAUCGCUGUGACAAGUUUAUCUGUAUGACGUUCGAGAUCCAUGCUUGAAUUCGCGUCGAUCAACGACUCGAAUCCCGGCCAUCAAACAGUUAUCACACUAACGGUAGCCAGCUUUGCUGAGGGGGUAGCCCUUAGUUUUGAUAGGUAUGUGGUGACAUAGCGACUGCAUUCUAUGAAGACUGCAACUCCUUACUCAUGAGUUACCCGCAUCUGAUGCUGUCUCUGAUGAUAGGUUCGAGCAUGGAUCGGAAACCUCAGGCAAGUAAAUUUCUUGUCCCGGCGAUUGCGUCUACUUCCUCUCAACAUAAUAGUUGUUGCAGUUUAUGUUCCGUCACUGCAUGCGAAUGAUACACAAAACCUUCUUAUUACGACCUUCAGACCCCCGUCAGGUGUGUCCAACGUCCAGUCACCUGGUUCUCCUGUGACCGUAGUAUUUAAAGCCAAGCCCCAUACAUAAUUGUCAGUGUAUGCCUUGCCAGUUCAAUUCUAGAUUUCGGCGUUACGUACAAUGUUGAAACUAGCAUAAAGAAUGGUUAUGACCACGCCAUUGUGAGGAUGCGACUAGGGCUCGGACUGCAUGCAAUCGAAAGCACACUAAUUCCUCAGUGUUAACAGUUCAGAACAUCGUAAGUACACUGAUGAUGUCAAUAUGGGACCGGACACUCAUGAGCGGCUAGAUUUGACCAACUCGGCCUCGCCUACUGCUCAGUUUGAAGGAGUUGUGGUACAUGAGUGUCUAUAGCUGCAGCCUACCAUCUGUCGCUGAGAUCUUCGAGGUGAUAGCGAAAUGAAAGAGUACAAAAAUACCUGCGAAUGUCUGUUUCCCAGAGGAAACACGCUAGUGCUGUUCAGCAGCAUUAACUGGCUGACUACACAAUCUUUUGACCAAAAUUUUGGAGACAGAGGCCCUUCGCACAGGCCACAGUAUUGUUACCCUUACGCGGUAAGCCACUGUGCGGGAUUUCCAUAGCAUAAGUUUUCCGUGAACAAAUAUGUUACUGACACAAUUUUAGUAAGAUGUACAUUUAACAUUUAUAUUUUAUGUACCGUUUUCAAUAGGGUCAUCAAGGGCAUUGCCUAUUACCCUAAAAUACAAUACAAUACUUAUGCUAGAAUAAAGUGGGUAAUUCGACGUGUGACGGCAGGGCACCCCAAAGUUACAGCAGGUGGCAGACUGUGCAUUACAGACCUGGAUUGCGUUAGUGGCGCUGCGGUGGUGACGAACUUUUUUGUAGAUAUGUAAUAGGUUGUGACCCAGAUAGGCGCAAAAGCAACAGAGAUGGAUUUGAAAACAAAUAUAACCUUGUGUUUCACGCAAGAGGGGGGGGGGGGAGAUAUGGGCGCGCGGGAGCUACUUACUCGAUGCCGCUGGCAUUCUUAGGGGAAUGCGGAUAGUUUGGGGGUGAUUCCAGUGAAAUAUUGCUCAAGUUUACGGCGAGCCAGAUUCGGGCCUUAAUCUGGCGUUUUCAACGAUAGCAUACUGAUUGAGACUAAGUAUCGGCGGUGUUGGUCCUCUUUGCCGCUUCGCCUUCGCCGCGUUUAUGCAAUCGACCCGGAUGAUAGAUCAUCACGCUCGUAAAUUUAGCGUAAAUGUCUCUCAGUUGUCAUGAUCUCUCUAUAAGGACUUCAAGGAGUUCUUGCAUUGUCUUUAUAACGUCGUUUUGGGGCCUCAGUGACGACUGCCGAUAGCGAUUUCACCAAAGAGUCGUUUUGACAGGCACACAUAAUUCUCCAUCCAUCUGCUGCAUCAGAUUUGGAUCUCGGCAUUGCAAGUAAUGCCGCACUAGUCAUCUACGCUCUCACUCACCUCCGGUCUUCUUAAUUUUUUCUUGAUGCCGAGUCCAGAUGGACGAGGAGGACGGGUCCGGUGGAUGCUGCGCAAGUCUACUAUUUCCAUAAACUAAUUCGAGCACAAUUCACCGUCCUUGCUCAAACCACGCUGUGGGACACGCGGCGGACAUCAUCGGAAUCGACGGUCGAAAUGUCAUGUAGGAGGAGUGUCGACAGAGACAAAGGAGACUAGGAUGACCAUUUCUAAUUUAUUAGCCGUCGUCGACUAGCCAUUCCCAAUCCUAGGUUUGAAUGACUUGGGAUUCGGACCGGUGUCUUGGUCGUCGGGCGUCAAGUAGUCCAAAGAUCUGCCAUUGAGCACUCGCCUGUUGUCCUCUCGGUUGUGCUCAAGAAUAUUCACUAUCGUAGGAGGGACGUUAUACUUAACAGAAAUUCGAGGUUGCAGACAAACCUGAAGCCCCGUCAAUGUACUUUUUCGACGGAAGAGAAGAGAAAAUGAGGAAAUCUCUACACAAAGGGAUUGGCAUGCCCACUUCGGAAGACGAUGAAUAAAGCAUCAGCACUAGCUGGAAAUCCUGACAAAUUAAACGCUUCUCCACACUGGAGAUCUUUCAGGCCAUCGUUCUCGCGAAGUUUACUCGUGAGGUCUUCAGACCGGAUAGUAAUUGGACACCCUUAUUUUAAAAUUUCUCCGUACCGAACAAGCGUAGCUUUACGAUUCUAGCAACUUUUCUAAGAUGUUGCCUGCUGCUAAAAUUUCUUUCGUAUUUUGAGUCGGUAAGUGUAAAGGUCAUAUAGCUUAAGUGGACUCAUCUCUUAUCGUAGAACAGAUUGUGAACAGUGCUGAAGUCAGGACUAGUUGACCUUUCCAGUAAAUUGCCAAAGGAUCCUAACGACUUUGUCUGUCGACGUCUCGUAGAUAUUAUUUUCCGGGGAAUUUGGACAAGCCAGUAUAUGCCAGUGCGUUUGUUAGCCCGCGAAACUAGUGCAAGGAAAUUAUUUGAUUAGGCUUAGCCUUUUCGAUCCGCUUUUCAACUGUAAUGUACACAUGCGCGAUCAAGGGUCGAGUACUCUGUCCUAGUCCCAAGUGUAAGUGCAAUGUGAGCAUUGAAAGCAAAGUUAGCCGAAGGGGAUGCUGAAAUCGUUAGUGGGGAAAGUAGCCGAGGCUGAAACGGAAGGGGCAACGUGAUGUAUGACAAAUCUGUCGCGAGAUCGAAAGAAGCCUAGAAUCCCCACAAAAAGACCUGGCUGACAGGAAACGUGGGACAGCAACACCCAAAACCUAAUGGUAAGCCUAACCAAAACCUCAAAAGUAAACCUAAUCUUUAACCUAGUUAUAACCCCAACGCCAACCCUAAACUUGACAACAAACCUAACCCUAGACCUACCGCAAACCCUAGCCCUAACCAUAACCCUACCAUACCCCUAAAACUAAUCCCAGCCUUAACACUAAACGUAAACCUAAACCGCAAUCCAAACCCUAACCGGGACCCUUAAGCGUAACACACCGACCCUAGACUCAAUUCUCAGUCUGACACCAACCCAAACCCUAAAACUAACCCUGCCUCUAAACCGAAACAUUAGAUUACCCUUUUUCGUUCUAGCUUUGGUUACUUACCCACUAACGACUUCAGCAUCCUCCUUCGGCUUACUUCACUUGCAAUGCCCACUUUGCGCUCAUACUCAGCAUCAGGACAGCGUAACCGAUCCCUACCGAUUCCUGUUUGGCUACCGUGCCCAGUUACAUCCGUAGUCGUCCCCACUCAGGUUGCCCUUUCCCGUUCUGACUUGACUACUUUCCCGCUGGCGACUUCAGCGUCCUCCGGCCUACUUGCAAUGCGCACAUUGCGCUUACACUUGGAACCAGGGAAGCGUAACCGACCCCUACCCAUGCGCGUUUUCGCAAACGCAUCAUUAAUGCAGAGCAUGUGUUUGCCACAAAACCAACUCUGCGUUUAAGUUCCCUAAGUAAACUGCUUUGUAUCUUGGCAAUUUGUUUGGUUGCCUCAUUCGGAAUUUCACGACUUCUCCAUCGCUUAUUUUCUUUCAUAUUCACUAACUUACCAACAACUCAAGAAUUUGACUGGCCUUGCGUCAGGCAGAACAGCAAGACGGAGUUGUCAUGCUUUAUCUGAGGCCAAUAACAGAAGAUCGCAAUUAGUAUCAUUACUAGAUGUGGAGAGUAACUUUUAUGCACGUGGAAUACUGAGAGUCUGCAAGACUGUCCGUUCGGUAUGAUUUGCUUUUGUCUCCUUUAAAGGCACAAUGAAACAAUGACUAGGAAACCCCAGUCGACCUCUUUGAUGCGUAAAACUGCCUCCAGGUCACGAUCACCGACACAUUCGAGGCAGCAUUUUACGCCAUCGGCAGUUUCGACCACAAAGAAGACAUGCAUAUCGAAGGUAAGGAUUUUAGAUCACUGGACACGCACGUGCAGUGGUUUUUUCCUUUGCACUGGACUCGUGUACCUUUCAUCACAUCACUCCUGUCCUAUAUUUGGCUUACCUGCUUCACCUGCCAGUUGGUUAUUUGUCGGUUUUUAUCCGUCUUCCGGGACACAGUUGUAUAUAUUUACCCUCAACGUACGGUCAUUCUUCCGUACGGUUAUGCGCAUGUCAUCAUGCUGUGCGUGCGGUUUGCUGUGGUGGCUCUUAGCAGACACCUCCUAGAAUUGCUGCAGAUUCAAUCCAGAUUACCUGACGAGUUGAAUAAUGAAAUAACUCAGUUGCAUGACGUAUGCGCGCCUAAAAAUGACCAGGCAGGUCACCUGUCCAGAUAAGAACUUGGCGACCACUCGACCGAGUCGAACCUCCGCCUCCGGUCGAUCUGCCCUGCACAUACAGUCGGAUUCCCUGCCAGCUUGGCCAAUACGCGAUGCGUUAUCUACAUCCACGUUCAUUUACCAAUGUGCUACUCAAGCUUCCUCGUAGACCGGCUGGCGGCAAGGUUAGAUGCUGUGGUUUAUAUGGUCUUAAGUGUCCAUCUAACUCGUCCAAUACCAAUUUACGCCAGUAGUUAUGUGCUCAUGACUCAGUUCGCCGACUCGAAUCCUGGGGUGGCCACGCAUACUGAAGGAGACCAUACAUUCAAUUUCAUCGGUGCAAAUUUGCCUAAUCUAGACACUUCACUGACUGGAAUACUCACCCUCAAGACAUGAUUCUUGCAAGAAAGCCGAUCGCUCUUCUUCUGGUCUCUUCCUGCUGUCCAAGUCUUGCAUCUGUUGCUGGAUAAGGAUAUCCAAACACGGAAGCAGUUGUCUCCACAAACAUCACUGCGAUGCCCAUCAUUUCUGCACGCACAGAUGAUAAACGCAGCCAGGAGGGUAUCGGGCACGUCACCACUUCCCGCACAACUUAUAAAACGCGGAAGUAACUGCCCGCCAGCGCGGCCAAACCGUAGUCACUGGUCUAGGAACGGGUGCACUAUAGACCUAACCACAAUCUUGUAUAGUUUGAACACCACCGGGCAGUAAAAUGGUCUAUCCCGGUCUUCCUCAGAAUAACUGCAACAUUUUGCGUUCCAAGUCCCCGAUAGUGGAUUGUAGACCCAGGUGUCCGAGGCUUCACACCAUGAAUAAACUUGUCUGAGCCUUCUCACGGGGCUCCUCAAUUACCCGACCUGACAGUCUUAGUUUUACUUUAGUGAAGUAAUGGAAACCUUCCCCGGCACAUCUUCGACAGGUCUCGUCGACUUCCGUAAAACGACUGUUGUUCCUAGUUCAGGGUGGGCUUGGUGCUGGUGCUACCCGCCCAUCCGGUGGGGUUAUAAAGCUCAUGGACAAGUUUGGCACUGACAAACAUUCGGUCCCGUCUCUCAACUUGCUUGCCCUAUUCGCCCUUGAAAUUAUACAAUUCUGUCGGGCAUAAGGGUGGAUUCGCGGACACGAAUCGACCGUGCGAAGGAACCACUUGUUCUUUCAGUUUCACAAAAUUGACCAUAAUCUUGACCCCGCCGGCAUGAGGCAAAUCGCUUCCGCCAAAAUAAACAGUGAUCGCAUUGGUACUCUGAUCAGACAAAUAAGUUAGUAGCCUGGCAGGUUGUAUCUGUCCGAGUUUGCUAGGCCUCCAGGACUCAUUUCCGACCCGACGACACCAGCUGUUGAUUGGUCUAAAGAAGUUGUACACGCCGCCGACCUGGUACUGCUUUUUAUAUCUUGGACGCUAUACUUUUGUAGCAGUCACAACGUACAGACAAAUUUUUCCUCCCGGUGGUCGGAUGCUCUUCAUACUUUUUAAGUCGACUGGAAUUUAUAUUUAUCCGGAACAAGGAGUGUCGAGGUGUCUGUCUGCCGUUUUUAUUGCUGCUUCUGCAUCAGCAUCGACGACCGUUGGCCCUGUAUUCCUGACCGGUCUCGGACCUAUAACUUGCAAACCCCACCAGGCCGAAGAUGCCUUUUAGAGUUAUCCCAUCUAUGGGGAAAUCUGUUGCCGCAUUUUCACUCAGGUGGAGGGCAAAUUACGCAACAGAAGAUCAAUUUUCGCCGUCAUCUUUGCCGUUUACAUACACUUAUGUGUGCUUAGGGGCAGCCUAAGAGUUCCUUAAGUUGACGGGAAAUUAUUUGCUAGAAAGUCAUUUUUUUGGCGGUUUUUUGUCAUGCAUACAUGUAUGCCUUGUAGCUAACCGCGUAGAAUUUAAAAUAAACUAAAUUUCUUUUUUAGCGGUGA